GCCCACAACUGCAGGGUUUCUGAGCACGGAUAUGACAGCCACAGCGUGGGAGUCCAACCUCACAUCAACGAAUGGAAGUGAUCAGGUCUCCCAUGAAUCUGAUACACAGUUCAAGAUCCUGCAAUUACUGAGAGUCGUCGUGGCCCUAGUAGGGCUGGCAGGGAACUCGGUGGUGCUCUGGCUCCUGGGCUUCCGCAUGCGCAGGAACGCCUUCUCUGUCUACAUCCUCAACCUGGCGGGGGCUGACUUCCUCUUCCUCUGCUUCCAAUUUAUACAUAGUCUAGCUUUAGUUUUCAACUUUGAUUUUGCCGCUAGAGUAAUUAGCAGAUUUCUCUCGACUGUGUCAAUCUUUGCCUACAUCUCAGGCGUGAGCCUUCUCAGCGCCAUCAGCACGGAGCGCUGCAU